UUCUCCUGGCAGGUGGCAUCGGAGCAGAAUCCUGCUCUCAGUCUCUGUGUGUGUGCCCGGCCGAGAAGCGCUCCACUCCUAGCUCGUGCUCGCUCCUCGCUUCCACGUCUCAGCUUUCUUCUAGUGCCUCAAAGGGGAUUGGGAGCAGGAGCCAAGGGGUCGCCGCCUCUGCCCGCGGCUCGAGAACUGCGUCUGCUGCUGCUUCUCCUUCCAGGCAAUUGGCUUUGCACUCUCCAGGAGUUGCACGGCUGAGCUCGCGCUCCCAGCCCUGCGUGCGCCUAUCUUGGAGUUGUGCUUGGGGGAAGGAGAGGGAGGGGGUACUGGCGAGAAGGAUCUCCAGGAGAAGACAACGCGACAGAAGAGGGGGAAAGCAACUUCAGACGGAAAGUUGAUUCGAACUGGCAUAGUAUGCAAAAAAGGGGAGAAGUCGAUGACUAGAGGCAGCAUAAAAGUGUGAGAAGCUUCAGUGGUACCCAGGAGGCGGGCGGUUCCUCUCUGCCCCGCUCGCCUUCUCUCUCUCUCGGCCGCUGCUGCAGCAGCGGCGGCGGCGGCAGCAGCAGAAGCUUCACUACAGAGGCGGCGGCGGCUGCAACAGCAGGAGAAGAAGCAGCAGGAACAGCCACAGGUGCGAAGGGGCUAAGGGGCGCAGAGGAGGAGAGAGGGCGCCCUCGUCCUCCUCCCCCUCCCCCUCAGCUCUCCUUCCCCUCCCCAGCCAGCUUGGGACUUUAACUCAAGUCACCUUUCUCCCGCCCUCUCGCCCUCCCUCCCUAGCGGUAGCCACAGCAGGGAGGAGGAAGAAGAAGAGGAGAAGAGCUGCCGGACGCUCGGCGGCCCAAGGGAGUUGGGGGUUCGUAGGGGUUAGUUUUCGGCUCUGAGGAGGUCCCCGCCCAACCUUCAAAAUUUUGUCCAAAAGCAGACAAGAGGAUCGCCCCGCGCUGAGCCGGUUGGUGGGCAGCAGGAGGCGCCUGAUCGCCGCCGGGGCCCUGGGGGUGGUGAUGGUCCUGCUGCUGGUCAUCCUCAUCCCGGUGCUGGUGAGCUCGGCGGGGACGUCGGCGCACUACGAGAUGCUGGGCACCUGCCGCAUGGUCUGCGACCCCUACGGGGGCACCAAAGCGCCCAGCACGGCAGCGACCCCCGACCGGGGCCUCAUGCAGUCGCUGCCCACCUUCAUUCAGGGCCCCAAAGGCGAAGCCGGCCGGCCAGGCAAAGCCGGCCCCCGAGGACCUCCCGGAGAGCCCGGGCCGCCGGGCCCCGUGGGGCCACCCGGAGAGAAGGGGGAGCCGGGCCGUCAGGGCCUGCCGGGUCCCCCCGGGGCUCCAGGGCUGAACGCGGCCGGAGCCAUCAGCGCCGCCACCUACAGCACUGUGCCCAAGAUCGCCUUCUACGCGGGCCUUAAGCGCCAGCAUGAAGGCUACGAGGUCUUGAAGUUCGACGACGUAGUCACUAAUCUGGGCAACCACUAUGACCCGACCACGGGCAAGUUCACCUGCUCCAUCCCAGGCAUCUACUUCUUCACCUACCACGUCCUGAUGCGCGGUGGGGAUGGCACCAGCAUGUGGGCUGAUCUCUGCAAAAACAACCAGGUCCGUGCUAGCGCGAUUGCUCAGGAUGCGGAUCAGAAUUACGACUAUGCCAGUAACAGUGUGGUUCUUCACUUGGAACCAGGAGAUGAAGUCUACAUAAAAUUAGAUGGAGGGAAAGCACAUGGAGGAAACAACAACAAAUAUAGCACGUUUUCUGGAUUUAUUAUUUACGCGGACUGAUAAUUCAGAAACUAAGCGUACUUCUUCUGAAUCUGAGCACUGGAUCCAUAAAGGCUCAUGCCUGUGAAUCAAGAAUCCCAGUGGAUACCAACAGUGGGCACCUCAAUAGUGUGUGUGUUGGGGGGAGGGGGGAAAUCAAAUGCUACCUGACUCACAUCUGUACAACUCAGAAAAAACCCAUAUGUUAAAAAAAUUAAAAAGCAAGAUAACACAGAUGUGUGAUCCACUACCGCCGCCAAAGCAAAUACUCCUUAAUGUUAGUGUCCAUGUGAAUGAAGUCCUAUAGAGAUCACAACUUUUUAUAGAAAAAUCUACUACACUGAAUUAUUUCUUCAAUAUAUAUGAUACUUUGGUGUAUUAUGAUAUUGCUGCUUUUAUCCAUAUGUCAGCUUUGGUUCUUGUGAGUUUACCUGCUAAUUAUGAUAGCUGGAGGCCACUUAGAGUGGGGUGAGGGAUGAUUUUACACUAAAAAGAAAGGUUUGAGGGAAAAAUAUUGUUUCUUUCCAAAGAGAUUGUUUGCCUUGUACUUUUGUUACUUUUACACCUAAACCUAGGAAUGAUUCAGCUUUAAGCCUUAACCUGGAAUGUUCUAGAUUUUGUGGGAAGUAAUUCUCAAACCUUGUAUUAUUGCCACAUAGUUUCUUUGUGUUAAUUUGGUUUCUUCCUCCCUCUAAUGAUGAUUUUUAGAAACAGAUAUAGAAUGUGACAUUGAAUCGUCCUGUAUAUGUGCUAAGAAACAUGUAUAAGUAUCUACAGUGUUUAGAUAGCUUCAUAAUUGUUCAUUUUGUCAAUAUAGAUAUUGAGUCCGUAUUUAAAAAAACACACAACCAUUACACUUUCUUCAAAAGGCAAAAAGCAUUCCUUCUUCAGUAUAAAUCCAGAUUGCAGCCCUCUUCCCCAUCCACACUCCUAAUGCCGUGGGCUGGAACAAAAGAUUUUUGAUGCACAAAGGCUUAAUUUGAGUCAUUGCAUGAAUUACCAAGGGGCCAGUUUGUAAUGCCUUCAAACCCUUACUACAAGUUUGUAGCCUGAGGUUGUUUCAAAAUUAACAGAAAGACAUAUUAUCACUACAACAAGAUGUAUAUAUUUUAUAUACAAUAUAUAUUAUAUAUAAUAUGUACAUUAUAUAUAAUGUAUAUAGAGAUUCUAUGUGGCUUAGGCACAGUGGAUAUAGAGCUUAGAGAAAUACAUUUUUAAAAAAUAUAUUCUCUAUGGUAUUUGAAUUAUUUUGACUGACAACAAUAUCUGGAGUAGCAAAAUAACAGAUUUAGUGAAAAUGGCUCCUGUUAAGAAUUUUUAAAAGCAUAUUAUUUUGCCUAGGUCGAAGAUGGCCUGGGGCAUGUUUUCCCUCUUAUUGGACCACUCCUGUCUUAUUCAAACCAAGAGUUUCUCCUUCAGUCUGUGGUAGACUAUUAACAUUAGGCUUGCAGUAACAAAGUGGCUCCUCCUUCAAUGCUGAUAUAUUACAUGUAUCGGAGCUAUCAAUUUGUCCUUGUUUCAGAGGUGGCCUGAAACUGACACUAAUGUGGAUUUUGAGAGCAGAAAGUGGCCCAAAUCCAGCCUCUCUGGUUAACACAUACUGCCAAAAGCCAUCUCUUUAAUCUACUGAGUGAAAGAUACAGACUAUGGGUUGUCAUACACUGAACUGUCAAACAACUUCCCCCAUAAUGAUGAAAAAUCUAUUCCUUGCUAUUUGCCUUUGAAGAUUCUUUGACAAAUAGCUUUCAGAACCAGAAAUUUAAAAAUAUUUAGCUUGCUGAAGGAAUUCUACGAGUCCUUUUCUACUUUUUUUUUUUAAGAAAUUAGUUUGUCCCUUUGGCUUGUCCCUUUUGGGAUGGUUCCAUUCCAAGCCUGUGGGUCAUCACCAUGCUCGUUUUCAAUGAACUUCUAAUGUGGCCUAGCUAAGAUCUCAAAAAAAGCAGUAUGCUGUUAGUCGAUAUAUUUAUUUAUAGUUACUGUUUUCCCCAGCAACAUGCUCCAGUCUGCCUAAAUACUAUGAUUCAUUGGAUAGAAAGCAUGAAGAUAAUAAUUGAUAGAAUGAUUGAUCCUGACUGGCCUUCCUAAUUCUAAGCUAUUUCAUCAAGAGAUUAAAAUGGACUUGUCUUCUACUUAAGGGUCUUUCACAGUUGUGGAUACGUAUAUUUACUACAGAGUAAAUUGGAAGCAAGGUUUGGGGAAGCUUUGUGUGUUUCAACUAGAAGAGUAAGUAUUUAAAGCAAAAGAUUUAUUUUUAGGAAUGGAGCCCACCAAGGGGUUAAAAAAAGACUUUAUUCCACAGGAAAAAAAAUACAGAGCUGGGUACCAAGCUCUCAAAAUCAAGACUGUCAUUUCUAAUAGAUAUGACCUUUUCUUCAGAUAAAUAAGCAUUGCUUACCCCUGCUUAGGUCCAGAGAAAAAUACUCAAAUAAAAGGUACACAAAAGAAAUGGGAAAACAUAUAAGGCAAACAUUUCUUCUUAUUUUUUUGCAUCAUAUCUUACAAACCAAUUAAAUUGUGGCCUUUGUUAUACAUGUAACUAUGAUGAUUCAUUAAACUAUAUUAUGUAAUAUA